UCACUACGCCCCCCCCCCUUCCCCGCUCACGUUCGAGACUCCAUCUCUCUCCUCCUUUCUCUCUCUUCUUCUUCAAUGGCGACUCUGGAAGACAUUGGAGUGUCUGCUCUGAUAAAUAUCCUCACAGCCUUCGCGUUUCUUCUGGCUUUUGCGGUUCUGAGAAUUCAACCCAUCAACGAUAGAGUUUACUUUCCGAAAUGGUAUCUCGCCGGAGAACGGAGCAGUCCCCGGAGUUCCUACGGAACCCUUGUCGGAAAAUUCGUCAACCUCAAUUUCAGGACAUAUCUCACCUUCUUGAACUGGAUGCCUCAGGCCAUGAGAUUGAGCGAGCCCGACAUUGUUCGUCACGCCGGCCUCGAUUCCGCCAUUUUUCUCCGGAUUUAUACCCUCGGCCUGAAGAUUUUUGCACCAAUCAUGGUGUUGGCUCUCAUUGUUCUUGUUCCAGUGAACGUCUCGAGUGGAACACUCUUUUUCUUGAAGAAGGAACUCGUCGUAAGCGACAUUGACAAGCUUUCCAUAUCAAACGUCAGACCCGAAUCCUCAAAGUUCUUCUUCCACAUUGGAUUGGAAUACAUUCUUACCUUCUGGACAUGUUUCAUGCUUUACUUGGAAUACGACAAGGUUGCGUCUAUGCGUCUUCAGUACUUAGCUUCUCAGAAGAGGCGGCCCGAGCAGUUUACAGUCGUUGUCCGAAACGUGCCUUACAUGUCCGGACACUCGAUUCCAGAUACUGUAGAUCAGUUCUUCAAGACAAAUCACCCUGAACAUUACCUCUGUCACCAGGCGGUCUACAAUGCUAACAAGUAUGCCAAGCUGGUGAGGAAAAGAGAGAGGUUGCAAAGCUGGUUGGACUAUAAUCUACUGAAGUAUCAACGCCAUCCGGAAAAGAGGCCGGCUAGAAAGACGGGGUUUCUGGGGCUCUGGGGCAAAAGGGUCGAUUCCAUCGAGUACUACACGCAACAAAUCAAGGAGUUUGAUGAAAGGAUGUCAAUGGAGCGGCAGAAAGUUCUCAAGGACUCGAAACUGAUGCUACCUGUUGCUUUUGUGUCGUUUGACUCGAGAUGGGGAGCAGCUGUUUGUGCACAGACUCAACAGAGCAAGAAUCCGACGUUAUGGUUAACGAGUUGGGCUCCUGAACCUCGUGACAUCUAUUGGCAAAACUUGGCUAUACCUUUUAUUUCUUUGAGCAUUCGAAAGCUCGUUAUCGGGGUUUCGGUGUUUGCGUUGGUCUUCUUCUACAUGAUACCGAUUGCUUUCGUGCAAUCUCUUGCUAACUUGGAGGGUCUUGAAAGGGUUGCUCCUUUCCUUAGACCCGUGACGAGAUUGAGUUUCAUCAAGUCGUUCUUACAGGGUUUUCUUCCUGGUCUCGCCCUGAAGAUUUUCUUGUGGAUACUACCGACUCUUCUGCUGAUUAUGUCAAAGAUUGAAGGAUACAUUGCUUUAUCAACCCUUGAGCGUAGGGCAGCAGCGAAAUACUAUUACUUCAUGUUAGUUAAUGUGUUCUUGGGAAGUAUCAUCGCGGGAACUGCCUUUCAGCAACUGGAAUCUUUCCUUAAGCAAUCGCCAACCGAGAUUCCUCGGACCAUUGGAGUCUCCAUACCGAUGAAAGCCACGUUCUUUAUCACUUACAUAAUGGUUGACGGGUGGGCUGGGAUUGCCGGUGAGAUCCUCAGGUUGAAGCCCUUAGUCAUUUUCCACCUCAAGAACAUGUUUCUUGUGAAGACCGAGAAAGACAGAGAGAGGGCAAUGGACCCGGGUUUCGUUGAUUUCAAAGAGACUAUCCCAACCCUCCAGCUCUACUUCCUCUUGGGCAUUGUUUAUGCAGCCAUUACCCCAAUCCUUCUUCCCUUCAUACUCGUCUUCUUCGCCUUUGCAUACCUUGUUUACCGCCAUCAGAUUGUGAAUGUGUACAAUCAACAAUACGAGAGCUGUGGAGCGUUCUGGCCUCAUGUCCAUGGCCGGAUAAUCGCAAGCUUACUGAUAUCGCAGCUACUGUUAUUAGGUCUGUUGAGUACAAAAAAGGCUGCCAGGUCCACUCCAUUACUCAUCAUCUUGCCCUUGUUGACGCUUUGGUUCCACAAGUACUGCAAAAACCGGUUCGAACCCGCUUUCAGAAAGUACCCUCUUGAGGAAGCAAUGGCGAAAGACAAGCUGGAGAAGGAGACAGAGCCGGAACUGAACAUGAAAGCGUACCUAGCAGACGCGUACCUGCACCCGAUCUUCCACUCGUUCGAGGAAGAAGAGAUCGAGCAAGAGGAGAUGGUGGAGGUUAGAGUCGACAAACACCAAGCCCACACGUCCAGUUCCAUGCCUGAAACCGGCUCGCCUUCUCCUCCCCAUCAGCUUUACCACCACUCUUCUUCUUCCCCGUCUCACUAUACAGCUGCUGCAACGUAUGAACAGUCGUCGUCAGAGUACGAGUACCGAUACGAAGCUUACAGCCAUGAAUACCGUUAUGGUUGAGGUUCAAUUUCAAGCCCUUCAGACCAGACAAGAUGAUGGUGGUGGUUUCAGUCCUGUGAAGAACGUGUUGUUGUCCUGUUUCAGGGUUUUAGGUUCUUUGUACACAAACUUGUGAAGGUUUUCUGUGAUAUUGUUUUCGGGAUUUGUAAAAUUGUAGAAUUUGGUUAAUAUAGUGAAUG